GUGGGGGUACAUACUUUGACGUGACACCCCCCCAACACACACCCCUGCUCGAUGGGAGAGUGACGUCACUCCAGCCAGCGGGGGAGUGGAUGGACUCUGACCAAAAUACAUGAAAACUGAGGAAAAGGGAGAAGACUGGCCGCCGGAGGAGCAGAGGAAAAGCGAAGACGACAACGCGGCGACGCUCGUUCACUCCUCACCCCGCCGCGGACAUGAGCGCCUUGGUUUUCUGUUUAUUUAACUCGAGCUGAGGCGUUCACACCGUUUCACUGGGGAACGUUAUGGGCUUCGCCGAGCUGCCGCGGAGGGAACAGCGUGCGGUGUCCCACAGCCUAGGGUUGGAGUGAAAGUCCGCCAUAUUCUGCCUCACCACGCCCGGGAGUGGAGCCGUUGGAAAACAAACGGACGGCGUCGGUUCGCGGCUUUUCCUCGCUCCUCUCCGACAUGAAGACGAGGUAUUUUUAGUGGUCGGGGAAAUAAAAAAAAAUAUAUACAUAUAUAUAUAAACGUAUCAACCAGGAGGACUUAAAAAAAAUAUAUAUAUACACACACAAUGCCUGAACGAGUUCCCUCAGUGAGCAGUUCGUGGAGGAUCUGUUGAUCUUUUUGAGACGGAAAAGCAGCGUUUAAACCGACUUGUUUCGUUUUACAAAAGGCCCGAGACACGGGGCAGAGCGAGGAGGGGGGCCAUUAAUUCAUCUAAUAUCUAAUAAUCCCUUCUUGGCCAGUUCGGAGCCGGUUGACUGUUUUUAAGGGCGUCCGGCGUGUUUUCAGCCAGAGCAGCAGGCCUGCGGGAGGACGCUGUUUGACAUUCAGGCCUCUGCUUUUCUCCUCGACGAGUGAGGAAAAUCUGGAUGACUCAGUAAGAGGGGAGAAAGCGGUGUGAGUGUUUUUAAAAAAAAGAAGAAAAGUAUCGAGAAUGACUCUGGAAUCCAUAAUGGCGUGCUGCCUCAGUGAGGAGGCGAAGGAAGCCCGGAGGAUCAACGACGAGAUCGAGAGGCAGCUCCGCCGGGAUAAGAGGGACGCACGCCGGGAGCUGAAACUGUUGCUUCUCGGCACUGGUGAAAGUGGAAAGAGCACAUUCAUCAAACAGAUGAGGAUUAUCCACGGUGCGGGCUACUCCGACGAGGACAAGAGGGGUUUCAUCAAAUUGGUUUACCAGAACAUCUUCACAUCCAUGCAGGCCAUGAUCCGGGCCAUGGAGACACUCAAGAUCCCCUACAAAUACGAGCACAACAAGGGGAACGCCAACAUUGUUCGAGAGGUGGACAUAGAAAAGAUCGGCAUGUUUGAGAAUCCUUACGUAGAUGCAAUCAAGAGCUUGUGGAAUGACCCGGGCAUCCAGGAGUGCUACGAUCGAAGGCGGGAGUACCAGCUCUCAGACUCUACGAAAUAUUACCUGAACGCACUGGACCGGAUCGCUGAGCCGUUCUAUCUUCCUACGCAGCAGGAUGUGUUGAGGGUUCGAGUCCCGACCACGGGCAUUAUUGAAUAUCCAUUUGAUCUGCAGAGCGUCAUAUUCAGGAUGGUGGACGUUGGAGGUCAGAGGUCAGAGAGGAGGAAGUGGAUUCACUGCUUUGAGAACGUCACGUCCAUCAUGUUCCUGGUGGCGCUCAGCGAAUAUGACCAAGUUUUGGUGGAAUCGGAUAACGAGAACCGGAUGGAGGAGAGUAAAGCCUUGUUCAGGACGAUAAUCACGUACCCCUGGUUCCAAAACUCUUCGGUCAUUCUGUUCCUCAACAAGAAGGACCUGCUGGAGGAGAAGAUCAUGUACUCGCAUCUGGUGGACUACUUCCCAGAGUAUGAUGGUUCACAAAGGGACGCCCAAGCAGCUCGUGAGUUUAUCCUCAAGAUGUUCGUGGAUCUGAAUCCUGACAGUGACAAGAUCAUCUACUCCCACUUCACCUGUGCCACCGACACGGAGAACAUCCGCUUCGUCUUUGCCGCCGUCAAAGACACCAUCCUGCAGCUCAACCUGAAGGAGUAUAACCUGGUGUAGAGCAUGGCAGGGCUUCAACCCCCCCCGACUGAUUCAAUCUGUGAAACCUUUGAUUAUAUACACGCAUAGAGAAUUAUCUGAGGAAAAACAUAAUCUAAUGGUUGCCUAAUACAAAUUUCUUUGCCAUUUUUUUGACCUCUUGGUCCCCAAGGGGGCGAGCGCUUGCUAUUUAUUGGGUUGAUAGGAAAAGAUGGGAGGGGGGGCAGGGUAUUUUCAGCAAUUAGGAACGGAGCUGAAAGGAGUGCGACAUGCUCCGUUCCUUCUGCCUUUUUAUAAACCAGGAGGGAAGGUGUUCCUUUUUUAACCCUCCCCCCUCCUCCUCACCUGUCUUCUCUCUGGA